AGAAAGAACUUCUUUCGCACGGCAGGGAAUGUUGUCAAGGCGCGUGCGUGUUGUACGGGAUGAAUGUCGGUUUUUCGGGCGUGAGUUUUUUAAGACGGCCGGAAGUGUCCAGAGAGACCUGAGCGGAGCGUUCGAUUUGUUUCUUCCCUCACUCCCGGCGGGCGCUAUGGAGCCGGGCGCUUGAGGGCGGAGCGGCUGCCUUUUACACCAGACAUGUCAGCCGGUCAUCUCGAUGCAGGUACAGUCUAUUCUGCAGUAUAAAGGCAUUAUGUACUCAGAGUGGAGGUCUCUACAUCUUGUAAUUCAAAAUGAUAAAGGUCACACCAGCGUACUUCACAGUUAUCCUGAAAAUGUGGGAAGGGAGGUGGCAAAUGCUGUUGUCCGUCCUCUUGGCCAAAUUUUGAAUUUGUCAUCAACGGCUGGAAAUGAAAGUUUACUAAAAACUGACAAAGAAGUAAAAUGGACAAUGGAGGUGGUUUGCUAUGGGCUAACUCUCCCUUUGGAUGGUGACACAGUGAAAUACUGUGUUGAUGUAUAUACAGAUUGGAUUAUGGCCCUGGUUAUACCUAAAGAUACAAUUCCUCCACCUGUUAUUAAAGAACCAAAUCUUUAUGUUCAGAGCAUUCUCAAGCACUUACAGAACCUCUUUGUACCUAGGCAGGACCAAGGUUCCAGUCAGAUUAAAUUGUGUUUGCAAGUUUUGAAAGCUGUACAGAAAUUGGCUCAUGAAUCAACCAUUAUGGCUAGAGAAACAUGGGAAGUUUUAUUAUUGUUUCUACUGCAGAUUAAUGAUACUCUAUUGGCACCUCCAACAGUACAAGGUGGUAUUGCUGAAAAUCUGGCUGAAAAACUGAUUGGUGUAUUGUUUGAAGUCUGGUUGCUAGCCUGUUCUCGGUGUUUUCCCACACCACCUUAUUGGAAAACUGCCAAAGAGAUGGUAGCAAAUUGGAGGCAUCAUUCUGCAGUGGUAGAGCAGUGGAGUAAAGUCAUCUGUGCACUCACUGCUAGAUUGUUGCGUUUUACAUAUGGACCUUCAUUUCCACCUUUUAAAAUUCCUGAUGAAGAUGCAAACUUGAUACCUCCUGAAAUGGAUAACGAAUGUGUUGCCCAGACUUGGUUUCGCUUUUUACAUAUGCUGAGCAAUCCUGUGGAUUUGAGUAAUCCAGCGAUAAUAAGUUCUACCCCCAAAUUUCAGGAACAGUUCCUAAAUGUGAGUGGAAUGGCUCAGGAAUUGAAUCAGUAUCCCUGCCUUAAACAUCUGCCUCAAAUAUUUUUUCGUGCUAUGCGUGGGAUUAGUUGCUUAGUGGACGCAUUUCUAGGUAUUUCAAGGCCCCGCGCUGAUAGUGCUCCACCUACACCAGUAAAUAGAUUGAGCAUGCCCCAAACUGCAGCUGUUAAUACAACCCCACCUCAUAAUCGAAGACAUCGUGCUGUAACUGUGAAUAAGCCAACAAUGAAAAACAGCACAGCUAACACUGCUCAUGCUUCCAAACACCAGCCAUCUUCUACUUCUCCGCUGUCUAGCCCAAACCAGACUAGUUCUGAACCUCGACCAUUACCUGCUCCUCACAGGCCAAAAGUUAACAGUAUCUUGAACCUCUUUGGAUCAUGGCUGUUUGAUGCAGCCUUUGUUCAUUGUAAGCUUCAUAAUGGAAUAAACAGGGACAGCAGUAUGACUGCUAUAGCAACUCAAGCAAAUAUGGAGUUUCGCAGGAAAGGCUCACAAAUGUCUGCAGAGACUGUGGCUUCCAAUCCUAUGUUUGAUGCAGGGGAAUUUUCUGACAACUAUGAAUCUGGCAGAGCAGAGGCAUGUGGAACACUCUGUAGAAUAUUUUGUAGCAAGAAAACCGGAGAAGAUAUACUGCCAGCCUACUUAUCUCGGUUUUACAUGCUUUUAAUUCAGGGACUGCAGAUAGCUGAUUCUGUUUGCCACCCAGUUUUGGCUAGUGUUAUCUUAAACUCCCCUGCCUUGUUCUGCUGUGACCUGAAGGGGAUUGAUGUUUUGGUUCCUUACUUCAUUUCAGCACUUGAAACUAUCUUACCUGACAGGGAGCUCUCAAAAUUUAAAACAUAUGUGAAUCCCACAGAACUAAGAAGGGCCUCUAUCAAUAUUUUACUGUCCUUGUUGCCUCUUCCUCAUCAUUUUGGAACAAUCAAAUCAGAGAUCGUUCUGGAAGGAAAAUUCAGCAAUGAUGAAAGUUCAUCCUAUGAUAAACCAGUCACCUUUCUUUCUUUGAAACUGAGGCUUGUGAACAUAUUGAUUGGAGCCUUGCAGACAGAAACAGACCCCAACAACACACAGAUGAUAUUAGGUGCAAUGCUGAACAUUGUGCAAGAUUCAGCACUUUUAGAAGCUAUUGGUUGCCAGAUGGAAACGAAUGGUGGUGAGAAUCUUGUCCUGAAAAGUCACAGUCGCACUAACAGUGGGAUUAGCACGGCAAGUGGAGGAAGCACAGAGCCAACAACUCCUGACAGUGAGAGACCCGCACAAGCUCUGCUGAGAGAUUAUGCUCUUCAUACAGAUACUGCAGCUGGACUCCUGAUCCGCAGCAUUCAUUUGGUAACACAGAGGCUCAACGCACAGUGGAGACAGGAAAUGAGCAUUUCACUAGCUGCAUUAGAGCUACUCUCCGGCCUGGCAAAGAUGAAGGUUGGCGUUGACUCUUCUGAUAGGAAGAGAGCAAUUAGCUCUGUGUGCUGCUACAUUGUGUAUCAGUGUAGUCGUCCAGCUCCUCUCCAUUCUAGAGAUCUCCAUUCCAUGAUAGUAGCAGCGUUUCAGUGUCUCUGUGUAUGGCUCACUGAACAUCCAGACAUCCUUGAUGAAAAGGAUUGUUUAAAAGAAGUAUUGGAGAUUGUGGAACUGGGCAUCUCAGGAAGUAAAUCCAGAAGUAGUGAACAAGAAGCUAAGUACAAAGGAGAUAAAGAGCCAAAUCCUGCUUCCAUGAGAGUGAAGGAUGCAGCUGAAGCUACCCUCACCUGCAUCAUGCAAGUUCUUGGAGCUUUCCCUUCACCCAGUGGUCCUGCUUCUCCUUGUAGCUUGGUAAAUGAGAUCACCUUAAUUAAAUAUGCUCGUCUGCCUUCUAUAAACAAGUACAGCUUCCGCUACUUUGUCCUGGAUAACAGCGUCAUCCUUGCAAUGUUAGAGCAGCCUUUGGGGAAUGAACAAAAUGACUUUUUUCCUUCAGUCACCAUUCUAAUUCGUGGGAUGUCUGGAAGGCAUGCGUGGGCACAACAACUUUGCCUUUUGCCAAGAGGAGCCAAAUCAAAUCAAAAGCUGUUUGUCCCAGAACCCCGUCCUGCACCUAAAAAUGAUGUUGGAUUAAAAUAUAGUGUGAAACAUCGGCCAUUUCCUGAGGAAGUAGACAAAAUUCCAUUCGUGAAAGCAGACCUGAGCAUUCCAGACUUGCAUGAGAUAGUUACUGAGGAACUGGAAGAACGUCAUGAGAAGCUGAGAAGUGGAAUGGAUCAGCAAGUUCUUUACGAGAAAUCUAUAGAUCAAAAAAUGGAAGAAGAAUGGAGGAAGAAAAACUUCCCUGAUCCAAUCACAGAUUGUAAACCCCCUCCUCCUGCACGGGAAUUCCAAACAGCCCGUCUCUUCCUUUCUCACUUUGGCUUUCUAUCUCUAGAAGCAUUGAAGGAACCUGCUAAUAGCAGACUACCUCCUCACCUGAUUGCACUUGAUUCUUCUGUGCCCGGGUUUUUUGAUGACAUUGGUUACCUGGACUUGCUGCCAUGUCGUCCUUUUGAUACUGUUUUCAUUUUCUACAUGAAGGCAGGCCAAAAAUCAAGCCAAGAAAUUUUGAAGAACGUAGAGUCUUCCAGAAAUGUUCAACCACACUUUCUAGAGUUCUUGCUAUCUCUUGGAUGGUCUGUUGAUGUGGGCAAGCACCCUGGAUGGACAGGACAUGUUUCAACUAGCUGGUCCAUUAAUAGCUUCUGCGAUGAGGAGGGAUCAGAGCAAGAUGAAGUAAUCUGUUCAGAAGACAUGGGAGCAAGUAUUUUUAAUGGGCAAAGAAAAGCAUUAUAUUACGCAGAUGCUCUUACAGAAAUAGCUUUUGUUGUUCCUUCGCCUAUGGAGUCCUUAACAGAUUCGUUGGAAAGCAAUGUCUCGGACCAAGAAAGUGAUUCUAACAUGGAUCUCCUACCUGGGAUACUAAAGCAGCAAGCAUUGACACUUGAGCUUUUUCCCAAUCAUACAGACAAUCUCAGUACUUCACAGAGGCUCAGUCCAACUUCCAAAUCAAAGAAGUUUCCACAAGGUCGGGCUAUUCCUCCCAUGGGACCUGAAACCAAGGUGUACGUGGUUUGGGUUGAACGCUAUGAUGACAUAGAGAAUUUCCCUCUCUCUGACUUGGUUUCAGAGACUAGCACUGGAGUAGAAACUACAACAAAUAGCAGUACUUCGCUGAGGUCUGCUACUCCUGAAAAAGAAGUGCCAGUGAUUUUCAUCCAUCCCCUCAACACUGGAUUAUUCAGGGUAAAAGUACAAGGAGCUACUGGAAAAUUCAAUAUGGUUAUCCCUCUAGUGGAUGGCAUGAUAGUUAGCAGAAGAGCUUUAGGAUUCUUAGUGAGACAGACAGUAAUAAAUAUUUGUCGAAGAAAAAGAUUGGAAAGUGACUCAUACAAUCCCCCUCAUGUCCGUCGAAAACAGAAAAUAGCUGAUAUUGUCAAUAAAUACAGGAACAAACAGCUGGAACCAGAGUUUUAUACCUCUCUUUUUCAAGAGGUUGGACUGAAAAACUGUAAUCCUUAAACCAGGACCCUUUUUGAACAAUUAAAUUGCAGCUUGGUAUCUGCAACAAUGAAAUAAAAUCUUCCCAUUCAUGGACCUCUUGUGUAAACAAACCACAUUCUCAGCAUGACUUCUGCUUCUACUGCAAGAAAAUAAAGAGGACUUGCUUUUGGCUCCAGUCUGCAGUCCUCCUGAGCACAUCGCCACACCUUCAAUGCUACAGAGGGAGAAGCUUUGAUAAUGAAGUAUUAUUUAUUAAUAGACAAUAUAUCGGAUGUAUAGCAAACAGAAGGUUAACUACACUUCUCAUGAUUUCCCAUGUUUGCGCAAAAAAAAAGAAGAAGCCAGAUUCUGAGUAUAGAGUUAAUACAUGGUUUCAUAUUGGUUUCUCUAGCAGAUUAGAUUCAAGGGCAAAUUAUUUUAGAUAAACUAUUUGUGCAUUUGUCUGCUCAGUUUGCUUUUCCUUUUACAAGCAAGUCGGAUAAAUGAUUUCAUUUAACAUCUAACCAGAACAUUAUAUUUGGUCUUGUCCUCUACUUUCAAAGCCAUGGACUGAUUGUUAAAUGUUUUAUCUGUGUAAAUUGUUAUUGUCUAUGUCUUCUGCUGGUCUGUCCAGGGAAAAAAAAACCAAACCUUUGAACCUUUGGCUUAAGAGAAGGGAGAAGCAAAACUACUCUUUGGAGUACAAAUGGCACAUUUUGCUCAAUGGUUAGUUUUGGAAUAUAUGCUUUGGUGUUUGUAUUGGUGACAUCUAAGCUGUCCAUUACAAUGUUUGAGACACAAGCAAAGCCUUUGUUAUGGAAUUUGGUUCAGUUGGAUAUAUGUUAUAUGUGUAAACAUACAUACACUCACACAUAAAAACUAGUACUUGAAACCUAAAUUAAAGAUUUCACAAUUACACUUUCACUCAUUUCAAUUGAAUGCAGGACUUGGCAGGCAUUUCCUAUCUAAUGACAAGAAAAGUAAAAAAAACCAAACAUUUAACACAAAGUCAUAAAAUUGUUGAAAUAAUUGGACUACCUAUAUAUUUCAGAAGAGUUACAACUCUUAACAAAACUUAUUUUUUAUUCCUCGUGGCAAGGAUAGCAUCUAGAAUUUGACAUUAGAAGAGAUGGUUCUGCCAGACACUGAGCAUUCUUGCCAACGUACUCCCCCACCCCUGGGCUAAUAACAUCAUAGCACCUAUUUUUGUACAGAAUACAUGUCGCAUGAUGGUUGAAAGAGUAUCUCCUUCACUUCCAUUGACUGCUGUGUUCUCUACUACUAGAUAUUAACAGGACCUACAAUUUGUCAGAAUGAAGUUCUAGUAAUGUCUAUAAGCCUUGAAAAUCUUUGCAUAGUUCUAAAGAUGAUAAAUGAGUGAGGUAGACAUAGGGCAGGAUAGAAAUACUUUUAGAUAACUUUUGUUGACAUAUCUAAAAAUUAACCUACACGAGUUGUAAAUAGAAAUAUUUUUCCCAGCGAGUAUUCAGAAUACUUCAGGGACAAAUCUUUUUGGGAGCAUGGGUAAGCAAUCAAAAAGAUUCUAUGAACCUGGAUUUAAAAAUAAUUCCGAUUGGUUCAAUGGAAUGUAGCUUUUAAUAAAUAUAUCAGGAGAUAUUUAGGCCAGCAAGAAUUCACUUCCUGAUUUUCCAACAUAAUUUGGUGCUUUGAUCUUUUUGUUUUGUUUCUUUUUUCCCCAAUCAUCAUAAUAGAGUAUAAAUCAGAAUAUUUUUGGUUAAUUAUAUAGAACCAGAAAACUCAAAAUUAAACACUUUGCCACAAAGUCACUGGAUUAACUUCAUAAUAAUCCCAGAAUAUUUAGGACUGGUCAUUUAUAUAUCAAGGUGAUUAAUAGUCUAGUAAAUGUUUCUCUGUUAUUGAACAAACCUGAUUUAGAGAAUAAAUCUAAAUAAGGAAUUGUAAUAUGCCUUGGAAACUAAUGUGGAGCUCAUGCAGUAUUUUGGUUUUAAGCAUGAUAAUCUGCUAAUUUACUUUGAUGAACAAAUGGCCAGUAAUCAUCUCUAGCAAGUGAAUCUUUUUGUGUUAAUAUUGUUAAGCAGUUUUCAUUCUAAAAUUAAUUAUGGUAAAUUCAUUUCCUAUAGCAAAGUAGGCAUCAUAAAAUAUGAAUAUUAAUUCUCUUACUCUUGCUGGCAACAGCUAAAACUUUUGCAAAACACUUCAUAAGUUGUGCCUUUCCUUUUUUAUAUCCAAUUUUACCAGGGUGCAUGGCAUAGACUUAAAAGGAAACAUAUGUAUAAAGGAGUUACAUAUGAAGGUUCCUUUUUAGAUCCAUAUCAUUCUAAAUAUUGAUAUGUAAAGAGAUACUUUCUGGAGAGGGAUGCAGCAAAGCUGUGCUCAUCCAGUUUGACUGCAUAAGUUAUUUUUGAACUACUAAAUUUCCAAGGAAAAGCAUUUUGGGACAAAAAUAGUAGUGAGAGUCUUUUAUUUCCUCUUUUAUUUUCUUUAUAGUAAAGUUAGGCCAAAGACAGAACAGUAUUCAAAUGUGGACCAAUUUGCAAAAAGAGAAGUUGAAAACGUUUCUAGCUAUGAUGACUGUCUAUUUGUGUGUGUAAUACCUACUUUGCGACUGGUACUACACACUGUUGGUAAUGAGAAUUGUUCACUUCCCAAUAUUCUUUUAAGAGGGAUAAUCUGUUCUUUAAUGUUACAAAUUGUGGCAUUUUUGAAGCAAAAAAUAACCCUAAAUAAUAGUUUUAGACAAGAUUAAGUAAUGGGCAAAAUGGCUGCAUUGAAUUAGCAGGGUGAUUAUUGUUAUUUUGUUAGGUUCAAGAGGACCUAUUGGAAAAUAAGGACAAACAAUAUAAUUAAUUGCAAGUGGUUCUAAGGCAAGACUGGAACAGCAAAUAGCAAGGCUAGUGAGGAUCCUGCAAUAUAUAGGCUUUUAUAUAGUAUAUUUGAUACUGAAGACUUGCCAAUAUUAAUCCAGUGCAUGAGCACUAAACUUAAUUGUAGACUUGCUUAGAUACUGUUUAGCUCUAUAAAUUGACCAGUCACAUUUAGUUCCUAGAUUAAAUGGCAUGAACAAUGCAUGACUACCACAAAAACUAUAACAAGCGUUGAACAAUUGGAGUGUCUGCAUACACACAUCAAUUGCUGACGUAGCUAGAAUUGCUUGAAUCAUAUACGUAUUCUGGACAAACCCAUUAGUUAAUAUGAUUACUAAUGACCUCUCAAAUCUUGACUUAAACAGGUGAAAGGAAAAAAAAUUAAAAUGACUUUUAAACUAAUUAAAAACAGGGUGAGAUUUAAAAUAAGUUGCCUUAAACUUUCCAUUCAAAUGUAAAGAUCUGUAGCUCAGUAAAAUAAAUGUUAGUCUGUUAGAAUCAUCUAUGAAACCACAAUAAACAUUUUGCUUUCUCCCCUCCCCCCCAAAAAAAGUUUCUUUUUCUUCUGUAUGUUUGAAUUUAUCCCCUGGCUUGAUUUGAUUUUAUUAUUUUCAUUUGGAUUUCAGAAAACUCUCAAGUAGGCAAACUGCCCUGAAUCUAUAUGCGUAAAUCCUCCUAUUUAAAUCUGUUUUAUCAUUAAACAAAAGAUCUUGGUGUUGAGGCCUUUAUAUGAUACUGCUGAUCCAAGUAAUAAGGCAGCAUAUGCACCAGAAAUCUCAUCAAAUAGCACUGAGUGUUUAAAAGAAAUGUAUAAGGGCUUACUUUCACUGCAUUCUCCCAGAUGAUGCACAUGAUGUGGUCCUCUUGUACAGAUGCUGGUUGUCUGUUUUCCAUGUAUAGUUGAGAAGGCUUCCAAAUGCACUGGUAACUUUCUAUUUUCUGUGCAGAACUGUUGAUUGAUUGCAAUAAAAUGUUUUGUCUAGACCUCUCCAUAA